GACUGCACACUUGGCUUCACCCAUAGUUCUCUGUUUCCACUUUUCAAGCUCUGCUGACUCCACCUUCAGUACUGAUUUCUUCUGCAAACAGGAAGUAUUUGUUUGUUUUUUUAAGCCACAUUACAAGGGAAGUGUUUUGGGUUGUAGAACCUGUUUACUGGACAUCUAGGCUAUUAUUUCUUUAUAUCUUCCUUUCUCAGCAAAAUACAUGCAAGAUGGCUGAAGAUUUUGAUUUUUUUAACUCUGCAACUGGGAUUAGUGCUGCUGGAGAAGUGGACCCAGCUGCAGCUUUUCUAGCCCAACAGGAAAGUGAGAUUGCUGGGAUUGAAAGUGAUGAUGUGGGUUUUGGGUUUGGAGUCACAGAAAAAGAAGGAGGAUUCCUACAGCAUCAGGACAGCUAUGACACCUUCAAUAGUAAGGGAGCCACUAUGAAUGGAGACUUAUUUGAGGAGACUGAUGGGCCACAGGAUGGUUACUCUGCCAUAGCACAUACUGACCGACUGUACCAAGAGCCAGAAAGCAUCCGUAAGUGGAGGGAGGAACAGAAGAAACGCAUAGAACAUCUUGAAACUACUGCCAAAAAAAAUGAGACUGAAUGGCGGGAGAAGGCCAAAAAGGAGCUGGAUGAUUGGUAUGCACGACAAAAUGAGCAGCAGGAGAAAACAAAGAAGAACAACCGAGUCACGGAUGAGGCUUUCUACGAACAGCCCAACGCUGACGUGCUUGGAUACAUGGUAGCUGAAGAAGGCUUUGUGAAGGACAGCCACUCAAACAGUCCUGGUACAGAGUGGGAAAAGGUUGCCAGCCUCUGUGACUUUAAUCCUAAAGCCAGCAAGCAGACCAAGGAUGUGUCCCGUAUGAGAUCAGUGCUCAUUUCUCUGAAGCAGUCACCUCUGAUACGCUAGCAGGACAGUCCCAUGCAAUCCCCUCAAGUAUACAAGCACAACAAAGGUGUCAUCUGUUCAGUAUACCUAAAGACGCCUGCCCAGUGGGCAAGAUAAUUUUGGUUGCCUUUAUUCAUCUGCACCUGCAUCAGACUCAGACUCAUCACACAUCAGAAGAUGGAAGACUUUUGAUAUAUUGUGCCCAAACAGAUGGAGUUAUGUUUAAUACUUGCAUUAAUUUCCCCAACAAUAUUUUGUGUUCAUGAGAGACCAGCACAACACUACACUUUGUGCCAUACAUUUGUAGCAGAAAGGAAACAAAAAAAAAAAACCUGCAAGACAACAGCAUUUGUUUACUUAUUAUUUUCAACCACUUCAUUAUUGUUGCUGACCAGUACUUUUCUGCUGUAAUCUAGGGAAGUACUGAGAAAAGACAGCCUAUACUUGAAAUUAUAAAAUGCUUUUUGAAUUGAAAACCAGAUUCAUGUCUGAGUAAACCAGGCCCUUUCUGGUCAGAACUAAUGAAGAUAUCAA